AUGUUCCAGCAAGCCAUGAAAUCACUUCGUAGGACGAUGAUCAAAGGAGUCCUCGCAGUCGGAGCGAUAGAAGUCACGACCCACUUGCCUACCGAGGGAAGAUCCGCCGAGGUGUAUCAUUUUGUCUGCGACGAAAUGGCCAUGCCAGUGAUACGGAGAUUCAUCAAUCCUGAAGAUGCUCAUCACUUGGCCUUGGCUGUUGCCCAGUCAGGUUUGGCUCCAACUUAUCGGCCAACAGCACAAGAACAAAAAAUUGAUUGGUCGAUGCCUAAUUUGUGGAUAGAAGACGAUAAAUCAACAAAGGAUUCAAAGUCGAUGGCUCCUCCAAAUUGUAUAGGAUUGGCAGCUGGAUUCGACAAGGAUGCUGCUGCAAUUCGACCCCUGUUUGAUAUGGGGUUUGGAUUCUUGGAAAUUGGAUCAGUGUGCCUAAAGUCACAGCCAGGAAAUCCAAAACCGCGAAUGUUCCGACUUGUUCCAGAUGAAGGGGUUAUCAAUCGAUAUGGAUUCAAUUCGCAAGGUGCUGAUGCUGUGGAAGCGAACCUUCAGGCAUACCGCAGUGGCGGUGUUGAUAAGACGAAGGAGGACUCCACGUCAAACGAAAAAUCCUCCUUGUGGUCUGUCGUUUCCAAGUUUUUGCAAAAUAAUGGCCUGGAUAAGUUUCUACCUAGGUCAUCCGACGAACAAGCCGUCCAAGGAUUGUUAGGUAUCAACUUGGGAAAGAACAAGAACUCAACUACGCCGACGGAAGACUACCGAACGUUGAUUCAGCAACUGGGACCGUACGCUGACUAUCUAGUAAUCAAUGUCUCAUGUCCCAAUGUCGAUAUGAAGAACUUGGGAAAGAGCACUUCUGCUAUGGAAGAACUGUUAUUGGCGUGCCAAGAUGAACGGAAUAAAGUACUUCAAAACCAAAAGGGGAGUAAGAAGAAGAUUCCGUUGCUAGUGAAACUUUCUCCCGAUUUGACUGACGGCGAACUGAAGGAUAUUUGCAUUUGCCUCAUGAAGAUUAAGAUUGAUGGAAUCAUCAUGAGCAAUACUACUUCCACACGGCCCAAUGGUUUGCUCUCCUCGUCCUCCAUUGUGGCCGAACGAGGCGGUUUGUCUGGGAAACCACUGAAGGAACGAUCGACCGAGUGCAUUCGUAAGGUCUACCAAUGGACUGAUGGAAGCAUCCCUAUCAUUGGUGUUGGCGGGAUCUUUACCGGUAGCGAUGUCUAUGAAAAACUAAAGGCGGGCGCAAGUAUGGUGCAAAUCUAUUCGGGUAUGGUCUAUCGUGGACCUGGGAUGGUUUCGAAACUACGCCACGAGCUGUCGGAACGGAUGCUGCAAGAUGGAUACCGACGAUUGGAUGAUGUGAUUGGCUUGGAUCACGAAGAUCUUUAUUGGAAACGGAAGAAUUACAAGCUAAACGCCUAA